UCCUUGACGACUGGUGUAAGCAAUAUGGCUGCCGGAUAGAUAUUUUUAAUGAAAUAUUUUACUCUAAUUGCCGAUUCAUUAAGUUAAAGGUAGAAAAUGUCAGCUGUCAGACGUGCCCCUGUCCCACCACCAAAUCCACCAGCUCUAAAAGGAGAAAAUGCAAUUGACAAGUUGCCUGAGCUUAGAAGCAGUGACCUGGCCCUAGAUAAGACCAAGCCUCUCCCCACAUCACUGCAGAGUGACUUCCUGCCAGAGGAUGUCCUUUUUGCCCUCACCCAACCUCCAAGCUCCCGCGACACGCUUGGUCCCCUCUCCAAGUACAGGAGUCUCAACACAUCAUCGUCGAAAGCCCGCCCUCCACCUGCCAAUGUUUGGAACAGUCAGAGGCGGGAGAAGUUUAAACAUUUGACAGAAAACACAACCUGUACAUGUGGCUCUGGCAAGGAUAUCUCCUUUUUGUACGAUGUCCCUAAGCCAGACAAGAAGGCAGAAAGGCCGGACAACAUCGACAAGAGCGUUGUCAGGAAAGAUGCUUCUGAGUCUAGGCCUAAGGUUCUUCAGUUGCCAGACACAUUGAUCCCAGAAGAGUAUCAUGUCGUGAAGAACAAAGGAGUGCUGGGCAUAGAACACCAUGAAGAUAAAUACAGCACACAAGUGGACGAUCAUGUGAAGCAUUUAGUCAUAUUUCCAUCCAUGAAGCCAUCCAGCAGAUAUGAGGUCGUGCAGUUGAAGGCCACAAUGGAGGAAAUGUUGGAGCGGGCCGGUGUCAAUGACGUGGAAAUUGAGAUCAAGGGACCCACACAGAUGCACAACCUGCUUGAGCUUAUCAAGAAGGAGCAGAAUAUCUACAACAUCGUGUUUCACGAGCUCAUCAGGCAGGCCUCCAUCGAGUGUGUAGAGAGGGGCGAACUGCUGGCUGACUUGAGGGGAAAAUACAGCAACCUGCUUAACAAAGUGCCGCAGCAGAUUAAGAGCUUGCAUGAGGAGGUGAUGGCCCAAAGAGCCCUGGACAGACGGCUCACAGAGGAACUCAUGCGGUUCAAGUCCACCAUCUCAGUCCUUACAAGUGAGCUGUCUGAGGUGAAAGAACAUGACAAGAAGGUCACCAUUGAGGCUCAGCAGGCUCAGGAAGAUUUAAAGAAGGCAUUGAGUGAUGCAGAAAAAAGUUCCAGUCUGCUGGAGGAAUAUCAUGACCUGUACGAGCUUCAGAGACGUCGCCUCGAAAUCCUGGUCAACAAUCUCACCAAUGAACGGGAAAUCUGGAGUACUGCUGCUUACUGCCUUGCCAUGAAGGUGACUGAGGAGGCCCAGCUGACCACGGCCAAGCGUCUCCAUGUCAGUGAGAAAGCAUGGGCAAAGCUGGCCAACCACUUCACCAUCCUGCUCAGUGAUAAAGAUACAGACCUCAUCACUAAAGUCCAGACCCAUGUAGAACGCUGGCGGGACAUGGUCGAGGAGUUCAGCAUCACCCUCCGACAUCGCGAGGAGGAGAUGAGAAAACAGUUACGCGUGCUGGCUCCGGGAAUUGAAUGGUGGCUGAAGGAACUCAGGAAAUGCUUCACCAAGGAUGGACAGUUUGUGCGCGCUCCUGAUGAGAAGGAACAGCGUGGCCUACUGGAGGAAAUGAGAAAGUGGGAAGAGCUCCUUAGUCAUGAGACUGAAAAGUUUGGUGGAGACAUGCUAUUGUCUGGCCAGGAACAACUACAUGCCGUCAAGAUGGAGAUGGAGGGGUGGACCGACAACGCCCUCCAGAUGUUUGGUCGUCACCGUUCAGUUGAGGGGGAAGCCCACCCGGACCAGAGGAACAUGAUGAACCUUAACGAUGAGGUGGACAAGCUACUGCAUCAGUUCAAUACAAGAAUCACUGGGGAAAAUGGUGUUGCGACAAACGUGAUCCACCUGAUGAACGGUAUGGAGACCUGGGACAUGAAGAUAACGUCGUGCCUCAACGGGACAUUGCCCAUACACGACACAGAGUGGGCAGGGCUGCUUCUCACCAUGGAGGAGUGGCUGGCUGCCAUCGAGGAGGCUGUCGAGUAUGUUGGGGCAACACAGAGGGAGGACGAACGCAUGGAAAACAGACCACACACCAGGUCACGGAAUCACGGCUGGCCCCUAGGGGUUGAGGUGAACGAGUGUGUGCGCCGCGUCCAGAAGUGGGUCACCACGGCAACCAACGCCAUUGACAGCGAGGAUGCUAAACUUGUGGAACAGGUGUCAGGCCUUCACUCCGAGAUGAUACAGUGGAUGGUUCAAGUGCUGCUACGUCUGGCCCCGGACCGAGAAGGAAAUUCCAAGGAAGCGGGAGAAAUAGCUCUCCUGGCCAGCAAGACUCUGAAUGAGCUACACGAGGGGGCCAAACGCUUGUUUGAACAGCUGCAGAUGUUCUCCCUAAAAGUAGUACAGUGUUGUAACGGCAUCGUGAUGGAGAACACUCAACAGCGACGAGACGAGAUGGAGGAGAAUGCAGACCAUGAGCUCAAGGACCUCAACAGACUCAAGCAAGAGUGCGAGGAUUGGACCAAGACCGCCAAGAUUCUGUGCGGGCACCUGAUGUGUGAGCCGGUAGAAAGCCUGUUCCCGCCAUCAAAGGUAGAGAAGGAUAGCAAAGAGAAGAAACAGGUUUCUCUGCUCAGUGAUGACUAUGUGGACCAGGAAAAACUGGCCAAGCCUGAGGAAGCAGAGGUUAAACAGGUACAGGCUGAGGCAACAGGAGAGGAAGCUCAGAAGCCCACGGAAGGUGAGGGUGAAGCCCAGGAGGUGGAGGAAGGAAAGCCCGAAGAGGAAAAACAGCCAGAGAAGAAACCAGAGUCUGGCAAGAGCACACAGACGCUUGAACAGAAGCCAGACAAGCUGGAGGUGAUAGGUGGUGAUGACAAUACCCAUGAACACGACCUUGAACAGCGGGCUUCACAGCCCUUCCUUGCUGACGGUGGCAUGCCAGGGGCGGGGCUAGUCGCUGCAGGGGGACCCAACACUGCCAAAGCUUUCGAAGCUCUUGCUGCUGUGGAUGCUCUACAGAAACGUCUCUUGGAGACGGAGGAGCGAGCCCAGACUGCUGAGGAGAAAGCUGAUAACUCCGAGGCUGAGCUCAAUGUUUGCCUAGAGAAAAUAAGGGAAAUGGCCAAGAAGAUCGCUGAGCUGGAGAAGACAGAGACUGCCAAGGAUGGUGAGAAAUCAGAGAAAGAUGGGAAACCAAUCACUCCUAAGACGCCCAAAACACCGACCCGUCCUGCUUCCAAGGAGGGCUCUGAUGUGAAGGAAGAUAAGAAGCGACCCGAGUCUCAGACGUCCAAGAGUUCUAAGGGGUCUAAAGGAGGAAAGAAGAAAUAAAGAAUGAUUAACAUCUACUAUUUUAAAUGUGUGAAAUAAUGUCACUGUGAUGUUGAUAUUAAUGAUAAUGCGAACAACAUUAUUGAGUAUGUUUUUGAAGAAUGUCAUUGGGGACUUGCAGUCAGUCUUACACAUUGAAAAAGACAACUUGACACAAUUAGUUUUAUUUAAGACUUUAAGUUACCUUAUGCACUUCUCUAAAGUUUGAAGCUCUGCCAGCUUUGUACUGAUUUCUACUUGAACAGUUCAUUUUAAGGUAACACUCAUUACAGUAAUGUAGUACUGGACUUUGAUAUUUGCUAGUGAACAUUCACAUUACGUGUGUAGGUAAAUCACUGUUUGUUUCAUUCGCUUGCCUUUAGUACUGUCACAUUGUACUAUUGUUUUUAUUUUGUUUUUAACAAUAUGAGUACAUUCAAAAUUUUAUUUCUAAAGGUUGGCUUAAUAUAGAUUUAUCAUGAAUGAAAGCGGAUGACUUAUUAGAAAGCUGUAAUUUCAGGGUAGUUUUCGUUCCUAUGUAAGAUGAAGUAAAUUUAUAUAUCGAAAUUGCAUACAACACAUAUUUGUGUAACAGUUAAGGAAUACUAUGUUAUAGUUUAUUGCUGUAAGUUAUCAUUAUAUCUUUAUGUGUGUUUUAACCUAUUAUCUAUAUGUGUGAGCAGUAUUUAUACAAGUAAACAGAGUACUUAAUAACUGAGCAUAAUUUAAGGUAUAACAUGUAUACUAUAAUAACAUAUUUAUAUGGUUUUAUUUGUUUCUUAUCGUUUUACUGUUUUAAACAAUUUUAUAUCUAUAGCAGUUUACCUGUUGAACUGCUGAUCAGAAAAUAUGCUGUAUGAAAUCUGUGAUACAUUUAUUGCACUGUUUAUGAUCCCAAUAAAUAAUGAAUCCAAAAAUA